UGAGUGAUUCAAUGUUUUAUUAAUGGGUCUAGAAGAGAAAACAACUGUCAGAAUUCCCUAGAGUCCUCUGAAAAUUCAAGCCAUUAAUGGAGUUAUUUACAUCUCAUGUAUGGAAAACCAAGGAGGCAAUCCUAACAUGCACACAGAGUGCUAAACUCCUCUUUUUUCCAGCCUUCUAAAUACUGAGCUUUGAAGCUGUAACCAGAAAAUGCUAUUAUCAAGAGAUAUGGGUAUGGUGGAUGGGUACAGCUGGAUCAUCACUGCAAGGACCAGGCAAAGAUGAUGAAGGAUGGAAAGGUUUUUAGAGUUAUUCAAGAGAACUGCUGGGAUCCAGAAGUACGGAUUAAAGAGAUGGACCUCUCAGGUGUUACAGUCCAAGCCCUUUCUACAGUCCCUGUAAUGUUCAGCUACUGGGCCAAGCCUCAGGACACUUUUGAUCUAGCCCAGAUAUUAAAUAAUGACUUAGCUGCUACAGUAAGAAAGUACCCCAAGAGGUUCAUUGGCUUGGGCACGUUACCUCUGCAAGCUCCAGACCUGGCUGUGAAGGAAAUGCAUCGGUGUGUGAUUGAGCUGGGAUUUCCUGGGGUACAGAUAGGAUCUCAUGUCAAUGACUGGGACCUGAAUGCACCAGAACUGUAUGAUGUUUAUGCUGCUGCUGAAAAAUUAAAUUGCUGUCUCUUUGUACAUCCCUGGGACAUGCAGCUGAAUGGAAGGAUGUCCAAAUAUUGGUUUCCCUGGCUAAUAGGCAUGCCAGCAGAAACAACCAUGGCCAUUUGCUCCAUGAUUAUGGGAGGAAUUUUUGAAAAAUUUCCUAGGCUGAAAGUUUGCUUUGCACAUGGAGGUGGAGCUUUUCCAUACACAGUGGGGAGAAUCUCCCAUGGGUUUAACGUGCGCCCUGAUUUGUGUGCUGUGGAUAAUAAAGUGGAUCCAAGAAAAUACCUUGGCUCAUUUUACACAGACUCUCUUGUCCAUGAUCACAGUGCACUAAGGCUGCUAACAAAUGUAAUAGGAGAGGACAAAGUUAUUCUGGGGACAGACUACCCUUUUCCACUUGGGGAACUGGAACCUGGAAAACUCAUUGAUUCAAUGGAAGAUUUUGACAUUAAACUGAAGGAUAAACUCAAGGCUGGCAAUGCUCUGGAAUUUUUGGGUCUCAGCAGAAAACAAUUUGAAUAAUUAUGAAGAUCUUAAAGAGACCAAACUUUGGAAAUAAUGCUGCAUCCUUAGGGAUACUUCUAUUCCCAUGUGCAAUUACACUGAUGAAAAAAUAAAUCUGGCAAGUGUAUUACAGUCUAGUGUUAAGGCAAGGGCACAGGGAAUGAGUAUGCACAGGUACUGCUGUGCAUUUGAGGGUUUAGAUUGUCUUUAGACACUUCUGAAACCCCUGCUUUCAUUAAAAAAAGGAAAGAUUUCAUCUUUUGCAGUUGUAAUAAGAAUCUCAGAAUGAUAAUCAAUGCUGUGUUACUAGGGCUUGAUUCCCAGGAAGACAGAACUGAGAAAAUUGACCUGUACCCAUUACAUUUCAGCCUUUGUUAUGCCACAUAAACAGCAUUUAGAAGACUCUGAAAACAGAAUUUAAACAUCAAGUUGUUGGUGCCAGAUAAAAAAGCAACGUUUGCCUCCAUCCACCCCUUGAAACAUCAGUGUACCACACUUUAAGUAUAUCCACUGGCACUUUGUAAAUGUUGUGACAGGAUGGAAAAGGUCUGCGUGAGGACUUGUCAUUUUCAGCUGCUGCCCACACCCCUGGCAACUUGCUCACCAGAACAACUUGAACAAUAUGGCUGUAGGUGCAGAAAUAAUGUAUUUGCGUGGGUAAUGCUUUGUGUGUCACUGUCAAAAUAAAUACCACUGUUUAGCAACAGUAUGGUUUAAUGUUAUCUUCCUUAAAAAAUACAUCUUAAAAGGUUGAAUACUAUAAAUGUUGAAAUGUCAGUGCCCUACCUAGUACGAGUCCUGCUUUAGGAAAUGAAAAGAUAGAUUAUUUUAUUGAUUUUUUUUUCAUUUUUCUCUCUUGAGUGCACAAAGAAAAUCCUCCUACAAGGAUUUUAUUUGAGUCAGAAAAAUGUGGAGGAGCACUUGCAGUCUCGUGGGAUCAUUUUUGGUAGUACCAUUCUUCUGCUUAUUCUUAGAACACCCCAGGAAAAAUAAAAGCAGAGGGAAUUUAUUUUGUAGCUGUGUCCUUAUGACACAUCCUGAACCUGGAGGAUGUUGAACUGAUACCAGCCUCUGUUGGACUACAAAGAAGUCUUUGUCCUUUUCUACAGCAUCCAAAAAAAAACCCAAAACAAAUCAAGAAGUGGUUUCUGCAGGUUAAUUUUACAUUUCUGUACCUAUUGCAUUUGGAUCUUUACUAUAUUAUUGCUUCUCCCAAAUUGUUCCAUAGAAGACUGAUGGGCAGCAGGUUUAGGCCCUGGGAUUAUCAGGUUUCCAUGUAAAGGAAGAGAAGACCCAGACAAAACAGUUUUAACAAUAUUAGUUUUCCUCAGCUAUGCAAGAUUUCUGCAGAACUUUUCAUCUAAAUAUCUACAUGCAAUUGAUGAAGUACUUAAAUGUAUGAUUUUUCAACCGAAUUGUUUUGUUAACAUCUCAAGAGCAGAAGAAAGGCAACUUUGGUUUCAUAUGAUAUUCUUUUAUUUCAGCAAAUUUGAUUUUCACAGAUGUUUAAAUGGAUCUAAGAGGAAAAUACAUUGUUAUUCCUCCAAUACAUUUUAGUUGGGUUAAUUCUUCCAUUUUUCUAAAUGAACAAAACCUCUUAAUUUAGUGAGAAUGCAGUGUUGUAUCUCUGGGGACUGAGGGCUGGAACCUCCCCAAUAGUAAGGACAGUAUUUAAUUACCUUAACCUGUGACUGAUUGGGUGACUGCAGCACUCUGCAUGGCAAUUAAUUAAUGUGCAUACCCUGCAUAAAUUAUAUUAAUUAUGCACUGCCAUUAUUUAAUUACAUUCAACUUAGUCACAAUUUGUUAAGGUUUUACAGACAGGGCUAUAUAACAUCUUCUUUGUUUUUAAAUAAGGAAGCUCCUGGAAAAUUCUAAUUAUAUAAUCAGAUAUCAAACAUUCUUA